GUAUUAGCUUCACUUACAGAGACAACUGAAUCUCUAGGUUACCCAUCUGUGGUCUUAGAACAGCACAACCAUGGAUCCAAAAACCUUCAACAAAUUUCUAGAUGAGAAGGUGGAAGGAAAUGAAAAGACUGCUCCUUCAGAACGGAUGUUUAUGUAUGAUGGAGUAUUAUAUCCUACUAUGAUCACCAGCCUGGAAACUCUGAAAAGGGUUCAUACUUUUAGAACUUGGCAAGAUGAUGUCAUAUUAGUGUCAUACCCCAAAACAGGUUCCCACUGGGUUGGGGAGAUUUUAACACAGCUGGAAAUUGCCUCUGGAAAAUAUGAUGAAGAUGAACAGAAGCGAAGGCAGCAAAUACUGCAAGAAUUAUCACUAUUUCCUUAUCUCGAAUUUGGAGAUCCAGAAAAAUUUGAGAGGAUGGAGAAAAUGCCUUCCAGAAGAAUUAUAAAAACACACCUCAGACCUCAAAAUUUGCCCAAGUCUAUUUUUGAACAAAAGGCAAAAAUGCUGGUUUUGUUUCGGAACCCAAAGGACACAGCUGUAUCUUUCUUCCAUUUUGCCAAAGGCAUAAAGAUAAGUCCUGAGCAGGAAACCUGGGAUGAGUUCUUUGAAAAUUUUGUCACUGGAAAAGUGCCCUAUGGAUCUUAUUUUGAUCAUAUUACUGAAUGGAACAACUAUCUGGAUGACAGCAAUGUAUUUUUUAUUACCUAUGAGGAAAUAAAAGAGAAUCCAGUCUCAGCACUGAAAAAAAUAGCCAAAUUCUUUAAUUUUUGUGUAACUGAAGAGGAGAUUGAGAGCAUUGUAAAGAAAACAAGUUUUGAAAACAUGAAAAAUAACGCAGGAACCUAUGGAAAACUAGGGAAAACAUUUUUCCGCAAAGGCAUAGUAGGUGAUUGGACAUCUGUCUUCUCAGAAAGCCAGAGUGAAAGAAUGGACAGAAAAUUUGAGGAGAGUGUAGCAAAAACUAAGCUUGGAAUGAUGCUGAAAUAUGAGCUGUACUGCAAAAACUAACGAGGCCAUCAGUGUCUACAAAUCUCUCAGGUUCUGAUUCUCUGCAUGAGGAUAAAGAUACUUAGGUUGUUCCAGAAGAAUUGGUGGUGACUUCCUCGGUCUCCAGAUGUGCCAGAUGCCAUUUCUGAUAAUCCCAACAUAGCUAUUGGUUUGGUUAUGUGAUGAAUCAAAAAUUAUAGGAGCUGAAAUCCAACAGUCUGAAAAAAAGCUGCUUUCAAGACACCAUUCGUUCCUUUCACCUCUUACGGAUAUUUACAUAUUUGAUAUUACAUACUUAUUUUUAAGUGGAAGAACUUUUCCAGAAUAAAGAAGUAUACUUACCUAUAA